CCAAAAACAGGCCGAACAGGUGUGUCCUUGCUGUCGCUUUUCUCCCCUCUCUUGCUCCGCUUUAUUUCCCUACUUUGAGUUUUUUUUAUGAUUCCCCUCCCCUCGACCACCUCAACAGAAUGAUGAUUCUGGGAGCUUCGCGGUCGCUGCAAGAGCGCCGGCUCUACCCCCUCUUCUGUUUAGCUUUGUUCUAGGACCUAUCUUUCGCUUCGAAAAGUAAAAAUUUGGCUGACCGAAGCUCUUCUCCGUCUUCUGUCUUCUGAUAGAUGCUAGUACAAGCAACCUCGUCGCCGGACUAUGUCAACUACAUCACCUACCUCUUCAGCACCCCGCAGGCUUCUCCGGUGCUGGGAAUGGAUAGCCAAACCUACGAUAUGGUCCGUUUCGCGGCUGCGAUGAACCUGAAGACCAAAAUUCACGUUGCCUACAAUACGAUCCCCCAACCCUGCUUGACCUAUAUCCGAUCGGCCACCCUGCUCGGAUUGCGCGACGAGAACCCUCACGUGCGGAAGUCGGCCGGAACAAUCAUCACAGAAUUGGUGCAACAGGCGGGGCUAUUAGCCUGGCCUGAUGUGCUGCAGGAGCUGCUGACCCUCGUCGAAAAUAGCUCCGGUGACAUCCCGCCCAUGGCCCAGGAGGCUGCCAUGUCGGCUCUCUCCAAGGUGUGCGAAGACAAUCGCAAGAUCCUCGACCGGGACUACCAAGGACAAUGCCCUCUCGACGUCAUCAUUCCCAAGUUGCUCGAAUUUACCUCCAACCAGAGCUCCAAGGUCCGCUCAAUGGCCCUCGGCACCAUCCAUGUCUUCCUCCCGCACAGACCCAAGGCCCUCAUUGCUUCAAUGGAUCUGUUUUUGUCGCAAUUGUUCCAGCUCGCCAAUGAUUCGAGUACCGAUGUUCGUCGCACAGUUUGUCAGACUUUCGCGCAGCUGGUGGACUUCUCCCCCGAGAAGCUCAUCCCCCACAUGGAAGGAUUGGUCAACUACAUCAUCAUGCAACAACACAACCAGGAGGACCCGGAGCUUGCGCUUGACGCCGCUGAGUUCUGGCUUGUCGCGGGCGAGCAGAUCAAACUCCAGCAGCCCUUGGCUCCCCACAUGCCCAAGAUCGUCCCGGUCUUGCUCCAGAGCAUGGUUUAUGACGAGGAUGAAGCCAUUCGGUUGACGGGCGAAGGAGACGAUGCCGAGGACGAAGACCGCCAGGAAGACCUCAAGCCGCAGUUCGCCAAGUCCAAGAGCGGCAAACUGGAUAUGUCCAAGUCUGGUCAAGCGAACGGAAACGCAGCUCCCGAAGAGGAAGACGAUGACGAUCUGAGCGAAGGCGAGAUCGAGGAUUCCGAAUUCGGAGAUGACCCCGAGGACGAAUGGACGCUCCGAAAGUGCUCCGCCGCCGCGUUGGAUGUCUUCUCGAACGUCUAUCACGACCCGAUCUUCGAAAUCAUUCUGCCCUACCUGAAGGAGACCCUCCGUCACGAGCAGUGGCCUCAUCGCGAAGCUGCUGUCUUGACUCUUGGUGCUGUUGCAGAUGGUUGUAUGGAUGCCGUCACGCCUCAUCUCCCCGAGCUCGUUCCCUAUCUCAUCUCCCUGCUCAACGACGCUCAACCUGUUGUGCGACAGAUCACCUGCUGGUGCCUCGGCCGGUACUCCGAAUGGGCGUCGCACUUGGGCGACCCGUCGGAGAGAGCGCGCUUCUUUGAGCCCAUGAUGGAGGGUAUUCUGCGCAGGAUGCUGGACGGCAACAAGAAGGUUCAAGAGGCGGCUGCUUCUGCCUUUGCAAGCUUGGAGGAGAAGUCGGACGCGAACUUGAUCCCCUACUGCGAGCCCAUCCUUCGACAGUUUGUGCAGUGCUUCGGAAGGUACAAGGACCGCAACAUGUACAUCUUGUAUGACUGUGUUCAGACUUUGGCCGAGUGCGUCAUGGGAGAGCUGGCGAAGCCUCAACUAGUUGAUAUCCUGAUGCCUGCUCUCAUUGAUCGCUACAACAAGGUCUCGGAUCAGUCUCGGGAGCUGUUCCCGCUCCUGGAGUGUCUCGGAUAUAUUGCGGCAGCCUAUGGCGACGCCUUUUCUCCCUUCGCCACUCCCCUCUUCCAGCGGUGCAUCAAGAUCAUCUAUGAGAACCUGCAGGAGUACAUGGCGUCCGUUAACAACCAGGCCAUUGAUGAGCCUGACAAGGACUUCCUGGUGACGAGUCUGGACCUUCUGAGCGCGAUCAUCCAGGCGAUUGAUCCGCAGAAGAGCGGCGAGUUGGUCGCCAACUCCCAGCCCCGGUUCUUUGACCUGCUUUGCUUCUGUAUGGAAGAUCCGAACUAUGAAGUCCGUCAGUCGUCGUAUGCUCUGCUGGGUGACUGUGCGAUCAACAUCUUCCCUCAACUCGAAUCUUUCAUUCCUAACAUUAUGCCCACUCUGAUCAAGCAACUGGAUCUGGAUCAGAUCCGGGAUGAUGAUCGUCACACUGGAUUCAGCGUUCUCAACAAUGCCUGCUGGUCGUGCGGAGAGAUCGCCGUUAACGAGAAAGCCGCGCUGUCUCCGUAUAUGGAGAAGCUGUACCAGGGGCUCUUCAUCAUCAUUAACAACGAGGAGAUCAUCGACUCAGUGAACGAGAAUGCCGCGAUGGCCCUGGGCCGGCUUGGUAUCUGCUGCUCUGAUCAACUUGCAGCUCGUCUGAACGAAUUCGCUGGAGUCUUCCUAAAGUCAAUGAAUAAGAUCGAGUUCACCCGUGAGAAGGCUUCCGCUUUCCUUGGAUUCAACCAGGUGGUGAUGAAGAACCCCGCAGCCAUGGAGUCUUGCCUUGGGGACUACUUCCAGGCCAUCGCUGCCUUCCCCACCAAAUCGAUGAACCAGGAGGACUACCGUGACAUUCAGACCUCGUUCCAGCAGGUUUGUAGCCUUUUCCCCCAUACUUUUCAAUCUGUGUAACUGACUCAAUGAUGAUGCAGGUGUUGCAGGGAUAUAAAAAUAUGAUACCCAACUUCGAUUCAUUCCUGUCGCAACUUC